AGAAGAGUCCUAAUGCACAAGCUGAGAUUAUUCCUUUCCAGGGUGGGUUUUUUCUCCAAACCAACACCAGAUUUGUCACCGUCCUUUUUGGACAGAGCCCAUAAGGGAAGUUUCCCCAGUGAAAGAGCUAAGAAGCACUUAAGCAGACAAAAGGAUCAGAAGAGACAAAGGCAUUUGAGACCACUAGAUGACUCCUGGCAGGAGAGGCUGGCUGAUGUCGUGACUCCACCCUGGAGGCUGAGCUAUGAAGACCAACUCAAGGUGAAAUUUGAAGCUCAGAAGGAAAUUUUACAAACUUACUUACAAGUACUCCAUGGAGUCAGCACAGUGGCUGCACCGCAGUCUGAGGGGUUCCACUGUCGCCUCCAUCCUAUUAUACCUUCUGCUACCAUCAAUGGCUACCAGAAUAAGUCCACCGUUUCUGUGAACCGGAGCCCAGAUGGCAAUCCAAAGACUAUGGGCUACUACCUGGGAACUUGGAGAGAGGGGAAUGUCAUCUGUGUACCAUGUAACUACCUGAAAGGCAUCCCAGAGAAACACAGUCAAGUAGCUCAGUACUAUGAAGAGUUCCUUCCACAGUCUUCAGUGGAACUCUAUCUUCUGUUUUAUGAAGGUGAACACUGGCGUGAGCUCACAAUUCAAACCAAUAGCCAAGGACACACAAUGGCUGUUGUCACGUUUCAUCCUCAGGGACUAAGUCAGGAGGAGGUCUAUAUUCAGAUGGUGAGCUUGAAGGAUGUUUUCAUUAAAGGCCCUGGAGCACUCUGUGACUUGACCUCACUCUAUUUUCAGGAGAGAACCAUGACCCGUUGCAGCCAUCAGCAGUCCUCCUACUAGCUCCUGUUUGGGGAACCCUACAUCUUCGAAGAUCUUCUGGGUUUGAAGAGCCUCAUCUCUCCAGAUGCUUUUUUCCAGAUGAAUACUGCUGGUGCAGAGAUGCUGUAUUGGACCAUCGGGGAGCUGAGUGGCGUGAACUCCAAUAGCGUCCUGCCUAGUCUGUGCUGUGUGAUUGGUCUUUCUCUUGCCUGGCGUGUCUCCCAGGUUGGCCUCGAGCUGGUGGAGCAGGCAGUAAAGGAUGCCCAGAGGACUGCAGCCUUCAAUGGUAUCACCAACUGUGAAUUUCAUGCUUGUAGAACAGAGAAGAUUUUGCCAGAGCUGUUAAAGAAAAAGAAAGAUGAGAAGCUAACUGUUGCAGUGAUGAACCCUGCCCGUGCUGGACUGCAUUACCAAGUGAUGCAAGCCAUUUGAAACUGCGGGGCCAUCCACACUCUAGUAUUUGUUUCCUGCAAGCCCCAUGGAGAAAGCAUGAGGAACUUCAUUGAGCUGUGCUGUCCUUCACACUCUACUAAGAAGCUUCUAGGUGAACCUUUUGUCCUGAGGGAAGCUGUACCCGUGGAUUUGUCUCCCCACACCCCACACUGUGAGCUGGUACUGCUCUUCAGUUGACAAGAUCAAGAACCUGCAGCCUCUUGAGGCUGACAUUUCAGAGAUGCCCAGGUUUGGCAUGUUGCUGCGUUGGAGACCCUGGAAGCAUCACCAGGGAAACCAGUCUUUGAAUCCUGAGCAAGAAGAAUAUAGCUGGCCUCCUUCUCUGAGGCAGAUGGAACUGUAGCUUGUCAUUUUCCCUUGGAAUUAUCCGUAUUUGUCUAGCUUUGGCUGCUAGUAACUUCUUGAACCGGGAUUUAUAUUGCUCCGCCCUUUUGCUAUCUACAUAGCAUCAUUCAAUUUAUAGUCUUGUCCUCACCAUGUGACAAGACUGCUUUUGUUGUGGGGGAUAGCUGCUUUUUGAGCAGCUGAUAAUAAUUUCAUAUUGACUGGGAUCUGUCUAUUUACUCUGAGAUCGUACCAUUUAUAGGGCUUUUGUUUUGUGUUUGUCUUUGUUUUGUCUGUUUAUUUGGGGUUUUCAUUUGUUUGCUUGUUUGUUUGAAACAGGGUCUCACUCAUCCUGUAAUUGAGGUUGACUUCGA